ACCAAACCAAGUAACAAAACACAACAUUUAUGUAAAUUCAUCCGAAUAUUCAUGAAAUCGGGAACCAAGAAAUAUUUGUCGGCAAACAACAAUUCUAAUGUUUUUCUAGUGACGAAAAUUUGCAUCACAUCGUCAGUAAUAGCACGAUAUGCUUCAGUAAAUUUGAUUUCAAUCAUCACGAAGUCAAUCUACGAGGGCGUCACUAAAUUAAUUUUUUCUUCAAUUAAAGUUGAACUCAAGUAAAACUUUGUUUGCGAAGUUAGUUCGGAAUACCUACAUUUAUAGGUAUUUAAGGACGACUUAGACCCUCACUUCGAUUCCCUUUCUCUUCCCUGCCUUCCUUUGUUGGUCUUGCCUGCCAUGCUAGCAGCUCGUGGUCAGGAAAAUCUCACCUUCAAUCGGCAAAAUAAUGCUGCCCUCAAGCAGCAGGGUCAAGCCAAACACGCAAAGACGCCAUUAAAGGUCCCUCUAAACGAUGAGAAUGCGGCUGGUGGUGCUAAGAGCAUCUUAGCCGGUAAAACACGAGGCAAUGAGAAUCAAUUGACCUCUAAAGGAGCCGGGCUGGGAAAAUCCAAUCUAGCUACCCCUUCAGGGCAACCCAGCAGAGCACCACUAGGAAACAAGACAACGAAUGCUAAAGCCAAGGGACAACAGACCGUCAAUGUCAAAAGUGCCAUUCGCGAAAUCGAGAAGUCCAACGCGAAGCAACCCACAACAACUCGACCCAAACCGAAGCAUCCGCACUCCGAGUUACAGAAGUUAGGGGUCUUCCCCGAAGAGACAGAAUUAUCGAGUGAAGAUGAAUAUUGUCCUCCGGUCCGCUAUAGCGGCUCCCCUUACCGGUCCGAGACCCUACCCGAUGGUACCAUUAGGCAUUCUCCUGUCAGAGAAGAUAACUUCAAGAACAACCUCUGGGGCAACUAUCUUCCUGUCGAUGCCUUCGGCGUUCCUCCGCGCAUGGGAUAUAGUAACUCGAAAGCAAAGAGAGAAUGUAACAAGGAAAUCAUAGGAGAGAUGAACAAUAUCAAAUGGGGUCUUAAAGAUGAAAGCGAAGCUAGCAAAAAGCAAGCGUCUGCUUCGGGCGACUUAAUACCGGACGAAGAGGCCAUCGCAGAGAGACGAAGAAAACAAAGGAAUUUGAACACUCUACGACUGAAGAAGGCUGUCGAUGCUCUACCCUUAGAAGAUACAACUAAGUCAGCGCAACGACAAGCGCUAAAGUCGGCAAACUCAAACAGGGCCCCAAGCACAAGCAAGAAGACCACGGCUAUCCCGAUUCCCAGCUUCAAACGACAACCUAGCGUUCGUAGCCAGGCUCAACCCCAGGGAAUUCCUAGGAAGACGUCUAUGGAGAUCGAAGCCAACUCGAGGACUACCAUUGGUUAUAAUAAAGGUCGAUCCAUAUCUGGUGCGGUUACGCUCGCCCAAAAGGCCAGAAUGCCUUCCAAUCCCGUGCCGAGAACUGGCUUUUCUCGUUCUAACACGACCAUAUCAAACAACUCUGAUGAGACUAUUACUCCUGCUCGAUAUGCUAACUCACAAGUCUCGGCUGCGGAGGAAGAUGAGCAAUGGAAGGAGAAAGUUCCCUUCCUGUCGAUCUUCAACCCCGAACAAGAGAUCAAUUUUGAUGAGGAGGACGACGACGAUUUCGAUCUUCUUGCCGGUAGCAAGGCUAAUGUCGACGAUGACGACUUCGCGUUCAAGCUUUCAGAAUAGAAGACUUAAUACCAAAUUGUUAUUGGCAUCGGCGUUGGUGGUCAGAUCGGUUACAUGGAGUUUGCUUUGCGUUGGCAUACAUGAGUGUUGAAUCUUUGCUUGCAUGCAGAGGAGGUACACAAUGAUGUCAUGGCCGAAGCUUGUAUUCAUAGGUCAUUAACUCCAUACUUCACACUUUAUGAAUUCAGUACUUUGUCUACUUAAUGCUCAGUACACGCAGGUUAACCUGUAUAGUACCUACCUGGCUUAGAGACGAAAUACUGAAAGCUUAUUCUGCAAAUUACAUAUAUUGCCGUGUUGUGGCAAUCGUAAAAUGUAAAUGACUUCGGUAGACCUGCGAAUAACAUUUGUUAGGCUUUCGGUGUUGCCGGAUCGGAGGCCUGGCAAGUUGCCGAGCCACACAUCGUUUUAUACUUUGACCAUGACAAGCUCAAUGACUAUUAGAAACAUUUGAAACGAUGACUUAGUACUAAUAAACCGAAUACUAUUCCUCAUUUAACUUGAUCACUCAUAGCCCAGGUAAUCAAACCUACUCGAUUGAACAAAGCACACGUACUUAAUGCGACGAAUAAUUAUAAGAUGUUCGGUUGGUCGUAGCUUGCGAGUAAGAUUUAGACCGAAUUCGUCAGCUAUUUAUGAGGGACAAUGGAUAAGAUUCAUCUCUCU